GUUUUCUGAGUUUGCAUAAUUUAAAUGGCAACGUUGAAAAUCAAACCAAAACAAAUUUAUUAAAGAUGGCUUCUCAAGUGUCUGCAGACUCACAUUUGAAUUCGAAAAAACCUUCCAAUAGUGCCUUCAAACAACAAAAGCUCCCUGCCUGGCAGCCUAUUUUAACUGCAGGAACUGUAUUACCUACUUUUUUCAUCAUUGGAUUGGCAUUUAUACCAGUUGGAAUUGGUCUGCUUGUUUCUUCAAAUCAAGUACAAGAAAAGCAAAUUCCUUAUACCUAUUGUAACAGUUCAAACCCUAUUGAUAAAGGAGAGAGUUGUGCUGAUUUAUUAGAUAAAGGUGUAACUAACUGCACUUGUAAUCUUUUCUUUAAUAUAACUACGCAGUUUAAGCGUGAUGUAUUUAUUUAUUAUGGACUCACUAACUAUUAUCAAAAUCAUCGACGCUAUGUUAAGUCUAGGGAUGAUGCCCAACUGUUAGGAGAUUUAACUAAAGAACCUUCUGGAGAUUGUGCUCCUUAUGAUAAAAUAGAUAAUGUUCCAAUUGCUCCAUGUGGAGCUAUCGCUAACAGCCUUUUUAAUGAUGAAAUUAAUCUGUUUAUUCACUUACCUAAUAAAAAGAGAGAUGAGGUGCCCGUCCGUAAAGAUGGCAUUGCAUGGCCUACUGAUAAGAAAGUGAAAUUCAGAAAUCCUCCAGGUUUUGAUGUAAAUCCAGAACGAGCUUUUAAUGGUACGGUGAAACCCAUAAAUUGGAGUGUUGCUGUUUGGGAUCUUGACAAACAGAAUAAGAACAAUAACGGUUUUGAAAAUGAAGAUUUGAUUGUAUGGAUGAGAACAGCAGCCUUGCCUACUUUUAGGAAAUUGUAUCGUCGAGUCAAUCAUGAAAAAGAGGGUUAUAGAAUUGGUCUUCCAGAAGGAUUGUAUGAAUUGGAAAUUAAAUACCGCUAUAAAGUCACUUCAUUUAAAGGAACCAAAAGAAUAAUAUUGUCCAAUACUUCUUGGCUGGGAGGGAAGAAUCCUUUUCUUGGCAUUGCAUACAUAGUUGUGGGAAGUAUUUGUUUAUUACUUGCUGUCAUCUUUUUAAUUAUCCAUUUCAAGUAUGGAAAAAGCACACAUGAUCUGGUAAACAUCUCUCCAAGAACGCCAUACUGAGAUAAUAUGUGUAUGAAGAACUCAUUACACAUUCCAUAUCACUUUUAAUUCACAAGUAUCAUGAUGUUUAUAUAUAUAUAUAUGUAUGCAUUGAUUUCUAAUGUGUUUUAUUGGAUAUUAAUUGCUAAAAUUUUCUAACGGUUUGUUGAAAUGAUUAUAGAUUUAUAAAGAAAUUGUUUUGUGCACUGUGAAAUUUUAUUGUUUUGAUAAAAGUAAAGAAAAAUAUUUAAGUUGCAUUUUAGUAGUUAUUAUUUUAAUUUUUAUGCUACUAAGUAAUGCAUUUCAAACUUUUUAUAUUUCUAUUAGUUAGAUCUUAGGUGGGCACUCAUUAGGCUAUUAUGAAUUGUUUUUCAUGAUUAUGUGCCAGUAUACAGUUUCUUAGUGUUAAGUAAGUUUAAAAUUGAAUAAGUAUGGUUAUAUAUUCUGAGCCAAGUUUCUGGUUCUACAUAAUAUUUGCACUUAUAUAUAUAUUUAAAAAAAAUGAAAUAGUUGUCAUGAAACUAUCCAUUGUUAAGUCAUCUUUAUUAAGAAUCAGUUAGCCUCUUUUAUCAUGGUAAAUUUCUGAAAAUCCUAUUAAAAUAAGAAAUUAGCAAGUAAUUUUUCACAAGAUAAAUUAAAUUGAAUGUAAAUAUAACUAGGCUGCACCUUUUAAUAUUUUGCUUCCAUCUUUCAUAAGUAUUUUACUUCUAAACGUUUAUUAAUAGAAAAUAAUUUUUUAUUCUUAAACAUUUUGAAACUUCUCAGGUGUUGGUUAUUAAUCAGUGGCAAAUAUGCAGAUAUAUUACACAGUUUAAUGUUAUUUCAUUUCCUUACUGACAAAGUCUCAACAUGUCUUGUCGUGGUAAAGGAGGAAAAGGGGGAGCCAAGUGUCCUCAUUGAGUUUUGCAUUAAAAUGUUUCUUACAAUUAAAAAGAAAGCAAAAUAUUUCUCUUAAAGCAAUUAACUUCUUUUAUAAAGUCAAAUUUUAAAAUAGCAUGAGAGAUUAGCAAAAAUCAAUUUUUUAUAAAAUAAAAUAGAUAAUAAUACAUCUUUUAUAUUUUGCUUCGCCAUUUCAUAAAUAUUUUGCUUUCAAAUAUUCCUCAAUAAAAAACAAUUAUUUAUUUAUAAGCAUUUUGAAGUUGCACACAUGUAUGUUAUUGAUCAGUUGCUAAUAUGCAUAGAUUACACUGUUACAUAUUAUUUUAUUACAUUUUUAACAACGAAUCAAAAUGUCUGCUUAUUGUAAAAAGGAAAAGGAGGGGCAAAGCGUCAUCACUAAAUUUUGCAUGAAAUGCUUCUUAUUAAAUACAAAAAAUUAAUAAAAGACAUCUUGACAGGAAAAAGUAAACAUAAAAUCAGUUAAAAAUAUUAACCAAAUUAAUAAAAGUCAGUAAAUUUUCUGAAAAAGACAAAUGCAUUUAAGGAAAAUUAACAUGGAAUGGUUAACAAUAAUUUUGUUCCUCAUUGCUAUGUUGACUCUAUGGAUAAAGUGUCAAUUUUAGCCUUAAAUAUCUGAAGGAAUUAAGGACUGAUAUUAAUUUAAUUUCUGUCAUUUGAUAUAGUUGACUAACAUCUUGAAGUGCGCAGUUCUGGUUUUUAUUUGAUGAAUGUUUUUAAUAGAUAACUGCAAAACUGAAAUCGCAUUUUCACCAUAGAGUUAAGAUUCAUGUAAGAAAAUUGUUUAUAUGUUUUCCUUUGUACUACUAAUAACUCUUCUGCUGGACAUCUGAAGAAGUUAAGGAUUCACAUUUCUUGCAAUUCUUUUUUUUAAUAAAACCUUGUCAUGUACAGUUUUAUUUUCAUUGAAAAAAAUGUAUUUUAUUUAUGUAACACCAAAACAAAAUAAAAUUUUUCUCAUAGCAAUAGCAUUUGUGCAAGAAAAUUGAUCAUGUUUUUCAUAAUAAAUAAAUACACGUGCCCACCGUUAAAAGAAUUAGGGAAUCAUUUUUUUUAUUUUUUAUAUCAGAAUUUGUGAUAUCCUUAGUCAAAUUUAUCUAUGCAUGAACUGAUGUUUCAAAUUUACCUUUGUAUAUAUCUGGAUUUCAGUUGUUAGUGCGAUGAUGUAUAGCUUCAAUUUCCAUCCAGUAUUAAUUUGCUUAAUAUAAAUGUUUGUGCCUUGAACUUAAAUAUAUUUGUAGUAUAUGUAUCAUAUAUGUGUAGUUAUUUAUUCUGAUCUCUUCUUCUUGGGUCAGUAAGAAUACUGGAAAUAUAUUAAUUAUAAACUCUUGUGCAUUUCUAAAAAAACAAUAAUUAGUUUUUAAUUAUGUUUUGAUUUUAUGAAGACCAAGUUGUUUUUCAUGUUUCCAGUCAAUGCAAAUUUGCUCGAGUUUGAGCCUGAAUCAUGGGUUAUGUUUGCCUUAUCAGAGUUUCACUCAGUGGGAACUGUUUGUUACAGUACUUAUUGGAGUUUUGAUGAUUAAAAGCUAGAUUAGAACAAUUUUUAAAGAUUUGAGAUGUUACUUGAUGAGAGAUUCAUCCAGUUUCCAGUGGUCGAAAAAUAUCUUUUAAAUUUCUAUUUUUUAGUAUAGUUAUUUUAGAAAAAGCACAAUUUCUAUUUAAAGACAUCUUUGUAAAAAAGUUAUUCUAAAUGAGAUAGCCAUUAAAUUAUCAAGCAAAGUCUCUUUUAAAAAAUAACUGUGCACUACUAUUGAAAGCUUUAAAAGCAUUAAGAAAAGAGAAAACAAAACUAGUAGUUGAAACUUUUUUCCUAAUUGUUUUUUUUAAAAAUCUUUUUUAACUAGGCUGUCAGAGAACUGCCUUCAAACAAAUUUUAAUGUGUUUAAUUAAAUGACUUGCAUUAUUUGUUCAUUGUCUUUAUUUGGAGAAUGAAAAGAAAUAUUAAAGAGUGAAAAAAAUAAAGAAUUGUUUAUGUCAGAGUA